CAAAAUUAUAACAGUAAAUAUUAGAAGACAAAUUCGAGCAUGAGCUGUCGUCAAUCCGCCUCGAUCGCCUAUAAGUAGCCUGCCUGUUUUUCUGGAUCAGUUGGCUGCCAUCAAAGUGGUUUCAGCACACCGCGUUGGCCUCAGGUUUAUUCCAAACUGCCUUCAAAUCUGAGCAAGACGCAAGGCGCUUGUUGCGGAACAAUAGCUGCAAUUGCUUGAAAGGCUUUUGAAUUAUGGCUCUGAGGAAAGCUGUGAAUUCUUCUCUUCUUCGACAGUCUGUUUCUUCGCCUACAUUUUGCCGUACACUGACUAGCGCAGCGGACCAGGGUUUGGAGAAAGAUUGCCGUCGAGAGGCAGCAUCCGGAUUUAAGUAUGAGUCGUGGGCAUUCGUGAAGUGGGCUUCGGGACUUGCCUUGGUCGGUAGUUUGGGUUUGUUACACUUCAGCGGUUGGAAAGGCGAUGCUUUUGUCGCGGAUUGUGCUUCAAAUGAGUUUGCUGACAAACCAUCGGCAUCUAAAAAACGGGCAACUGGAUAUGUUCUUCGAGAUUCAUACAGGCAAAGGGUUUUUUUCAAAUAUGAGAAGAGAAUCAGAAUGCGAAGUUCUCCAGAAAAGGUAUUUGAGUACUUUGCUUCAAUCCAAGGUCCCGAUGGAGAAUUUCUGAUGACUCCCGCUGAUCUAAUGAGAGCUGUUGUUCCUGUAUUUCCACCAUCAGGCUCUGAUAUAAUUAGAGAUGGAUCUUUAAGAGGGGAACAGCCACCUGGAGAACUUAUCUGCUCUCCAUCAAAAUUCUUUAUGCUUUUUGAUAUUGAUGAAGAUGGUCUUAUCUCCUUUCCAGAGUAUAUCUUUUUUGUAACUCUCCUGAGCGUUCCUGGCUCGGAUAUUUCAGCUGCUUUCAAAAUGCUUGAUCUGGAUCAUGAUGGGAAGAUUGAUAGAGAGGAAUUCAGGAAGGUGAUGAACUUGAUGCGAACUAAACACAGGCAAGGAGCUGCUCAUCGUGAUGGUUGUCGCACAGGGUUUAAAGUUGUGGAAUCUGUAGAGAAUGGAGGACUUCUGAAAUUUUUCUUUGGAAAGGAUGGGAGUAGUCGGCUCCAGCUUGAGGAGUUCAAGAAGUUUAUUAGAGAUUUGCAUGACGAAAUAAUACGCUUAGAGUUUGAGCAUUAUGACUAUCAAUCAAUUGGUACCAUAUCAGCUAAAGAUUUUGCACUGUCCAUGGUUGCUGCUGCUGAUAUGAAACGUAUAAAUCAGUAUUUGGAUCGUGUUGAUGAUAUGAGCAAUGACCCUGCUCUGAAUAACAUACGUAUUACACGUGAUGAAUACUGGAGCUUUGUUAAGUUACGCAGGAAACUACGUCCUUUAGCAUUGGCCAUGUAUACCUAUGGAAAAGUCUAUGGCUCAUUGACAAAGGCAGAUUUUCAACGAGCAGCAGAACAUGUGUGUAAGGUUGAGAUUACGAACAAUUUAGUGGAUAUCAUAUUUCAUAUUUUUGACUCAAGCAAAGAUGGGAACCUUUCUAUAGAUGAAUUUUUGGGGGUACUAGACCGUCGGGAAUGGGAUAUCGCAUAUCCUAGAGAAUCUGGCAUUAUUCACUUGCUGACUUGUUGGUGGGACUGUACAAAAGAUUGUCAUUCGAAAUGGUCGUGUUCAUGAUUCAAAGAAAUGUGGUUGGUUUGGAUUGAGGAUUUCUGCAAUUAAGUUUGAUUACAGUCAACAGGUGGUGGAAUUUGCCACAAUAAGCAUCACAAUGAAAUUCGACAAUCCGACAAUCAAAUGCUUGAGGCUUUUGCGGUGUACAUAGUGGGCUUGACUGGACUUAGAUUCGAGAGACCUAUUCAUGGUGUCUAGGAGGAAAGAUACUGCUUGACACAUGAGGUGGAAGCAAGGUAGUAGCCUCGCAAAAAAUGAGAGGUGCUAAUGUAACAAGAUGAAUCUUUGCAGCAUCAAUUCUAUAAAAUUUGGGGAGACGCGACUUUUUGUUUGCGUACUUAAUUAGCCUAGCUGAAGGUGACAUCAACCUAGGAAGGAUUUGAUGCCUGCCUUAUUCAAUAGGGAAACUUUUCUGUAUAAUAAUUUUUAUUUAACUUUAUAUUCAUAGGAUUUUUAUUUAACUUUAUAUACAUAGGAAAAGAUAAGUAAUUGUGAUGUCUUACUUUAACUUUAUGUACAAAGGAAAAGAUUAAGGAAUUGUGACAUCCUUUGGGUUUCAACUUCGUACAGGAAACACUCGACACGGGAAACCUCCAUUUGUUGAUUCUCAAGUGUUUAGCAUUUAAAAGGAAAUGAAUAAUCGCAUUACAGUUUAUUA